AGCUCGUGGUGGGACGGCAUUGCUUGGGGUUACCUACUGUUCACGCUGACGGACAAAUUUAAUAGUAUGUAGUGUGAAAAAUUCUUAGCACACUUUUAAAUACUUCGGAAUUUCUAACAGCUCACAGAAAACGACAGUAUUGGAGCAGCCUACCUAAUGAUCCACCUUCCUGACUCUUCCUAACUUAAAGCCUGGAAUAUAAAAAGUGAUUUAAAUGCCAUAGCAUAUUUGAAAUCAAGCUGUCCUUCCAUGGAAUACUCAUGGCCUGAGGAAAAUGUCACAGGGCUGCCUUCUCUUCUCAUCAGGAGGAGGGGUUUCUUACCAUGGCCAUAACACAGUUUCGACUCUUUAAAGUCUGUACUUGCCUGGCAGCAGUGCUUUCUUUCAUUAAAAAGUUAAUAUGCAGGUCUGGAAGAGGACGAAAGUUAAGUGGAGACCAAAUAACUUUGCCAACCACAGUGGAUUAUUCAUCCGUUCCUAAGCAGCCUGAAGUAGAAGACUGGUCUUCAUGGGAUGAAGAUGCACCUACAAGUGUGAAGAUUGAAGGUGGCAAUGGUAAUGUGGCUGCUCAGCAAAAUUCUUUGGAACAAAUGGAACCUGAUUAUUUCAAAGAUAUGACACCAACUAUAAGAAAAACUCAAAAAAUAGUUAUUAAAAAACGAGAGCCUUUAAAUUUUGGGAUUCCAGAGGGAAACACAGGAUUUUCUAGCAGAUUAGCAGCUACACAAGAUAUUCCUUUUAUUCACCAGUCUCCUGAACUGGGAGACCUGGAUACAUGGCAAGAAAAUACAAAUGCCUGGGAAGAAGAAGAAGAUGCUGCUUGGCAGGCAGAAGAAGUUCUUAGACAACAGAAGAUAGCAGAAAGGGAAAAAAGAGCAGCAGAACAACAGCGUAAGAAGAUGGAGAAAGAGGCACAAAGGCUAAUGAAAAAGGAACAAAACAAAAUUGGUGUAAAACUGUCCUAACAGAAACCAUGCAGCAAUGACAGUGAAAAGAGAAUUUCAGCUCCACAAUAUACAUAUUGGUAUUGAUUUAACUAUUUAUGGGACUUCAACACACUGCUUGGUUUCAAUGCAUUCUUCAGGUCAUCUUGGAAGCCAGGAUUUUCCCAAACUAUCUUGAACUACUAGUACGUAGUUCUUAAAGGAGAAAAGUCCCACAGAAGAUCAUGCCUUGAUGGAAUGUUUCCUGCAAUAGUUCUUUUCCAGCACCCUUCUUUGCAGCAAAAGUGAUUGACAAGGAUGUUGAUUGAAAAACACUGUUAAUGAACAGCUCAAGCCUAGAGAAAAGAAUGUAAAUAUUGAGUGGUGGGAAAUCUACCUGUAUUGUCUGUGCUUACCUGAAACAUGUAAUUAAACAGUUUUAAAGAA